AUGGGGAAAAGGCUUAAAUUUGCCCAAAGAGGAGCCGCUAAUACAUAUAUAUCUAGAACACAGGCGUUGAGAAAAUUACAACUUUCCUUGUCAGAUUUCAGGAGGUUGUGUAUACUUAAAGGCAUUUAUCCACGCGUUCCUUCCAAUUUUAAACAUUUAAAGAAAACUUCAACUUUUUACUUUAGAAAGGAUAUAAAAUUUUUAUCGCAUGAGCCCCUUCUUCGCAAGUUUAGGGAGAUCAAGGCUUUUACUAGUAAAAUACGUCGAGCUCUUGGUAAAGGGGACAAGAACACCGUAGAGCGUUUACGCGAAAAUAAGCCUGUUUACACCGUUGAUCACUUGGUAAAAGAAAGAUAUCCCACAUUUCUUGAUGCGCUUCGAGAUUUAGAUGAUGCUCUUUGCUUAGUGUUUUUAUUUAGGAUUAUGCCCAGAUCGAAUAAAAUUAAAGGCAAUCUUGUUUCACUCUGUGAUACUCUUUCGAGAGAGUUUAUGAAUUACGUAAUUUACACAAAUUCUUUAAGGAAAACUUUUUUAUCUAUAAAAGGCAUUUAUUAUCAAGUUGAGAUUAUGGGCCAAACUAUUACUUGGAUAACUCCUUAUCUGUUUAAGCAAAAGAUACCAGAAGACGUGGAUUUUCACGUUAUGCUGAACUUUUUAGAAUUUUACGCGACUGCUCUCGGUUUUGUAAAUUGUCAUCUCUUUCAGUCGUUAGGGUUGAAGUAUCCGCCAGAAAUCGAUUUGUUUGUUGAUGAAAAAUCCGGAAGUCUCAAAGCUUUUAAGAUGGUCUCCGUCAGUAAUCUUUUUGCUGGUGUUAGCGAAGUUGUUGAUUCCAAUAAUUCUAAUAAUGCGAAUUUAGAAAAAGUCGUGGAAAUUGCAGAGCUUAAUCCAGAUUUGAAAGCUCAACAAAAUGCCACAGAAAAAAGAAUAGCAACUUUAAAGAGCGUUAUAACUUCGAUUAGUGCUGCAGAUGAUAAAUUCUACGAGGAAGAGCCUCAGCUCGACCCCAGCAAAACUGUGCUUGAUUUAUUCGAUCCAGCCGGUCCAGAUAACGACAAAGUCAUUGACGAUGAAGAGGUCUAUCAAAAGCUUUUUUCAGGCUGCACUUUUUUUUUAGGAAGAGAGGUCCCCCGAGAAUCUCUUGAGUUUGUGAUCCGUUCCUGCGGCGGCGUUGUUUCCUGGGAAGGUCUGACCUACGACGAGGCGGAUCCUUCCAUUACCCAUCACGUGGUCGAUCGGCCCACCUUGGCUAAGCGGUCUACUCGGUAUUACGUCCAGCCUCAAUGGAUCUACGACAGCGUCAAUGCUAGAAAGCAGCUUCCAGUAGAGCUUUACUUGGAAGGAAAACUGCUUCCACCUCAUUUAUCGCCUUUUGUGGAUCCCGAAGAAGAUGAAUAUCUUAUGAGCCGUAAACUGCAAAAGGAGAGGAAGGCCAGUAGAGCAGUGGACGAGGAGAACGAGUUGGUUCUGCAUAGAAAAGAACUGGAAGCCGAAAGAGCGGGCAUCAGCUUUUCCUCUUCUCUCAAUUUCUCUGAGAAAACUUUUGCUUCUCCAAAGAAAAAGAGAAGCGCAAUCGAUGUUGAAGCAGAAGAGAAGGCGCUUGCUAGAAUUAUGAUGCCUAGAAAACAUAAAAAGCUCUACACGAGAAUGAUGAAAAAAGAGAAACGGAAAUUGGCACACAUUUCAAAAUUGGCUAAAAGGAGGAAAGCUUUGAAUAACACUGCACUCUCAUAA